AUGGCGUUAUUUACUGUUGUGAAGAAAUCUGUCGCUCUUGCCGCUGCUGGAGGACUCGCGUAUGUACAAUAUAAACAGGGAGUUUGGAGUGAUGGCGAUCAAUCACGAAAAGCGUGGGAGAAGCUGAAAAAGACGAUCUCAACGUCUUCGUCGUCAGACAGAUCGAAACCAGUCGCGUCAGCUCUGCAGCUUCCCUACGUCCCAUCACCAACGAUAAACACUAUGAAACUGCAAUGGAAUAGCAGCAUGAUGUCAGUCUUCUCUGGAGCUGCACAAGCAUUUGGACCACAAGGAAUAACCCACUGGAUGCAAAUCAAAUUGAAUACAUUAUAUAAACGUGUUUACAACUCAAUGAUGGCCGAUCAAGGCAAGCAGACAACAGAAACAUAAGACAACGAUUUUCAUAACAAUAGAAUUUAUUGAUGUUGAUAUCAAAGUUAGUAGUACAUUGACACUGUGAUUGCUAUUACUUGUUAUAUGUUUGUCUGUCUUCGUCUCUUGCAAUAAAUCCUUUCCUCGGUGGGAUUGCGGAUAGAA